CAUAUAGUCGUCAUUUUUGCCACCUCUUGUCACUGUCAGUUGUUCGCUUUCUUGUGACCUGAGAACACGUGCAAUUUGUAGCUAAACAGUGAGUUUACAUUUGGUUUGAAUAACUUCUACUCGUGUUGUUCGACAUGGCCGGGCGACAUGUAUGUAGUUAUAGGAAUUGUGAUAAUAGCUAUGACAAAGUGAAAGAUUUGAAAAUGUUUAAAUUUCCGAAGAAUUCAUGCCGUGAGUGGGUUAAAAACUGUGGAAACCCUGAUUUGAUAGGACUGUCUCCAACAAAGCUUAAUGCUAACAAAAAAGUGUGUGAAUAUCACUUUCGAAAAGGAGACAUUCUUCCGAGUGGCAGACUAAUUCAAGGAGCCAUUCCCAUUUGUUUUGAACCAGCAGAAGAACCACCAAGAGCAACUACGUCGGCAGAUGUGAUGACGUCUCCCCCAGCAUUAGCAGUCGAGCCAUACUCACCAAUGAGACAUGGGAUAAGAUCUGCCGUAGAAUCGGAUAAUGAAGUGGAAAGCAAGAAGCGGAAGACAACCAAAAGUGCUCCUAAGAAAGUUGGUUGGAAGAAAAAGACUGCAGCUGUCACAGUUGGAGAUAGCCAACACGUGACAUGCUGCGCCCUGGCAUGCACCAACACGUCAGAGUCCUGCACAUUAGUGAGUCUGCCUACAGACCCUCACCUUAGGGAGCAGUGGCUCCACAACAUCGACAGGCAGGACUGGACACCCUCUCAGGACAGCAUGCUCUGUCAGAUUCAUUUUGAGCCAGAUCUCUGGGAAGAGGAUAAGGACGGCAAGAAGUCACUGAAGCCUGACGCUGUGCCCUCGCUGUUCCUCCAUGGUGAAACUAUCCAGUCCUGGGUCACCCUAGACAGAGAGGGCAAUGUCAACAACGUCCUUGUCAGGGAUGGAAUUAUGGAUGAGAAAAAGGACUGUGAUGAGUCUAUUGAUAUUGAAGAGUCUGAUGUUUACAUUAAACAGGAAGCUCUGGAACCAGAAAUAGACGUGAACUGCGAUGAAUCAUCAGAUCCUUCGACAACUUUCCAGGCAACCUUCGUUGGGCCCAAACAAGAACAGAUUGAUGAUAUCAAACCUCCAGUCAUCACAGUGUCAUCCUUCCACUCCUGUGAACCUGAGACCAUAGUUCCUGAAAUUGUUCCUGUAGUUAUAAAGUCAGAACCCAUGGAAGAAGAGGAAGAGACGACUUCUGCUGCUGUAGAUGAUACCUCCAAGGAUGAUGAGCAUUCCAAAGGAUGGAAGUGUACCUCCCUGGGAUGUGACAGGAUAUUCAGGAACAAAGACAAGAUGGAAUUGCACGCAAAGCGGAAGCAUUCACUGGAUGAUAAAGUUAAUGGAGGAAAUCUAGUAACUAUCAAGGAAGAAAAUCAAAAUUCCACAUUUGGGCUGUUAUCUUUGGACGAAUUUCCGACUCCAGUGGUCUCAGCUAACACGGUAACGGCAGCCAACUGGCCAGUGUUGCCAACACACUCGCCCCCCGGGAUGACCUCCACCAAGGUCAUCACUGCACCGAUAAACUCACAGACCGGAGACCCCUUGGGGACAAAGAAGUAUUUGGUGAUGAUCCCCACACAGUCCACGGCUACAGUCGGGGGUAUGACGGGGUUGAGGCCUCCACAGCCUUCACUUCUCCCUGUCCUAGUUCCGAGUCCCACUCCAUCCCUCUCUCCUUCCCCCACCUCACCCCAGGUCACACCUCCCCUCGAGCCCCCCUCGGUGGACAGUUCAGAGACUCUCACCAUCGACUUGUCUCAGUUCGACGAGAGAACCAGAGUUGGACUCAAGAAGAAAAUUUUGGAAUUGUUGGAUGCUGUAGAGAAACGUAAACUCAACCCAGAUAACCUAGCUAUAGUGUAUUACAAUAGUGACAAGAACAGAUCGCUACCUGAUGAGGAGGGCGACUCAGAUGUGGAGGCACCCUCAGCAAAGAAGAGAAAAAGCGGAAAGACUGCCAAAAAAUAAUUUCAGAAACAUUUACCAAAUACAAAGCAUCAAUGUGAUACAUUUUAUAUAAUUUAAAAAUGAUUUUUUCCGUAAAAAAUGUAAUUUAUAUUUAAUCUACCAGAAAAUACAACAAUUUUUACAACUCUUUGCUGACAGUUUUAACCUGUCUUGCUUCUUGAAUUUUCCAUUAGAAUUACAGCAAUAGUCUGUUGUUACUUUAUUGGUAAUGAUAAAAUGUUGUUAAAAGUGUUGUGUAGAUUUCUUCCUAAUGGGUACAGAACUCAUAUCUAAUAAAUAGUUUUUUUUAUUUUAUUCUAUUCUAUUUUAUUACUUGACGAUGAUACAGAUCGUCAUUGAACAGCUGAUAGGCUUCACACAACGUCACCUGGCACUCAGGACUCUUUUCACAUGCUGAUUGUUGGUUUAACCCUUUGGAGACCAGUCAAUAUGUCAACGGUUACGUUAUCGGAAAAAACACUGAUAACAUUGUCGGUAGUAACCAACAUGAUAAAACCAGCUGAUGAUGUAUUAAAUAUGUAGGUAUCUUCGAAUUACUGUUUAAUAACAAAUAUAGUUAUUUCUUUUUUUUGAAAUUUCAGGUCAAAACAUUGGUAAAAAUUAAUUUUAUUCAAAAACGAGUUAAAAUAAAUUAGUCGAGUCCUUUGACAAUUUCUCCCAUUCUACUAGUGUUACUCCUAGUUCCCUGCAAAAAUAAAACAAAUAAAAAAGUAGUUAAGGACGCAAGAGUGCUUAACAUUUAACUAUUUAUUUAUUGUGUUUUGUGUAUGUUAAUUAGUAUACAUUAUAUAUUUAAUACAGAUAAUCCACUGUAAUAAGUAAAAACAUAACCAAACCAUUGCUAUUACUACAAAAUCAAAUGUGCCAGACAGAAUUUCUCAAAAAUUUAGUUUUACAUUUUUUUAUGUUCUCAAUUUAUCACGGUUUUGUAUGAAAUCAAAAAGUUUCUAUUUUUAUUUACUGUGGAGGUUUCUAGUGAUAUUAAUCAGAUAAAAUUGAAAUUUUAGACAAGAAUUUUUGUCUGGUCUCCAAAGGUCACCUAAUAUUACAGUAGAACAUCUCUGUUUUUUCUGGAGGAAAAUUCCACUCUUUUAUGUAUUUGACUUAUAAAACUGUCAUUUACUGUAAUGUAAUGUAAAUGUAUAUUGUAAUGUGUAAUUCAUAAUGAAUAUUGUAAAUACAGUUUGAUACUUUUGUUAUUAUGUGA